UGGGAGAUACGGAUCCGACAGAACAUUAGGGAUACUGUUCUGGGCUAUUGGUGUUUAUCUAAGAAAGUAACGAGAGGGAGAUAACCGGCAAAUAUGCUUUUAAGUAGAUAAACAAUAGUGUGCAACUGGAAUCGUUAGAUAUUGAUGAACGAGCAGUGGCGCGUGAGUCACGUGGUCCGUUGCCGUUAUAUGGAUGUAAUUUCAGAAUACACACUCGUCUGUGCAUUAUCAUAUUGGACAUAUCUCCACGUGUUACCAAUACUUCGGAACAAUUAGUGCGGAAGAAAAUUCCAAACUGUUCUAUGGAUAUUUUAUUCAAGUUUGUUUUUUUUUAAGUUUUUUUUUUGUAAAUUGCAUUUAAAUUGUAACUGUGAUUUGCAAAACUUGUCUAUAUGCAUCAUUCAGUAAAUGGAUUGAUCUGUGAAGAAGGACGAACUAAUUUAAGGCGUGCACAAAAAAGCUCAACUACAUACAGAGUGUAUACUUGAACAAAUUGAUUUGUGAGCAGAAUAUAAUUGGGACAACAGACAUAUAAAAUCACAUUAUAGAUACUGCAUGGCGGUUUAAGUGAAUACAACUCCAUAACAAAUACCUACUUGUCAUUCGCGUGACAAAAUUUAAUCAAUGUUUUUUUAUAUAUUUAAUUUCGUUGGAUUUUAAAUUAAAUUUUCAAUGAGCUCUUAAAGUGAUUUAGCAUUAAUGACCAGGUGUUGAAUCGAGAGAUUGACUAAAUCGUGGAAGUGACAGGAGGCGUCAACACUUAAUGUUUCACCUGAAUCAUAUGUGUGCGGGUCAUACUCGAGAGAGCAGAGUUAACGGCCACGCUCUCUAUAACCUUUUACACGAGAUCAUUGUGGCUCUCGCUACGUCAAACAGAGCGGACGUAUUAACACUUAGAUACAAAUAAACUGUUAACUGUACUGGGCCUGUUAAAGUACUUGUUAACGAUUUUCUCAUUUUCGGAAUAAUCUGGAAGUAAACAGGAAAUUUUCCAGAGGUGUGAGAGAAAUCUACUGUAUUGUCGCUUUGACUGUAUAAAGGAUAUUUACGAAACUAACAUUUUCGGAAUACUCUGGAAGUAAAUAAGAUUUUGUCAGAGGUGUGGGACAAAUCUACAGCGGCGUUGCUUUGUAAUUUUCGGAAUACUCUGGAAGAAAACAGGAAAUUUCGGAAGCGCGAGAAAAAUCUGCAGUACUGUUGUUUUGACUGUGUUUCUUGUAAAAAAAAACUGAACGCUUUCACCAACCGUAGGAUUGAAAAUAUAAACAAACUAAGCACGUGCGCAUGUGAAAUAUCUGGCAUGAGAUUAUAGUAAUAUCGUACGUGGAAUUUUACAGGAUAUUCUAACAUGUGGAACCAACACGAACCCAUGGGGAGGAAAGUAUUAACAUUGGAGUGAUCGAAGGUAUGCUUCUUAUGAACUAGCAGGUAAUGAGAUAAAGUACAUCGUUGUCAAUAACCAUGUAUACUUAGAAGUUUUUUUUUUUAUAUCUUGCAAUUGUUUGAAAGGAAACAAAACACAAAAUGGAGUGUUCUAUACAGGACAUUGAAACUGAAAACAGUACAUGUUUCUAUGGUAAUCAGCACAAAUUCUUUUCUUCCGGAAUUUCCGUCAAAUUUGACAUUUCCAAUUUAUGGAAUACUCUGUCCUAUAAUAGCCAUAUUGACACUGAUUUCUAACUUUAUCGUAGUCUGUGUGUUUAUGAAGCGACAGAUGCGAUCGGUCACUACAGUAUUUUUGGCCGGACUAGCGGUAUCCGACACGCUGUCCGCGGCACUCUGGAGCAUCACUCAUUUCUUCUUUUACGGAAUAAGGGAUAAACGGAACGAACCAUUGCUAUAUCCUGACUGCAUAUUUCACGACUUUGCGCUCUACUUUGCGGUAAUAUUCCAUACGACAUCGGUCUGGCUCACACUGACACUUGGAUUACAACGGUGUAUAAUCGUUGUCAAACCAUUCAAAGGACCAAGAUUAUGGACAAUUCGUAAGUCGACUUUCAUAGCUGUGAUGGCGUAUCUGAUUCCGACGAUAUUUUUCACUCCCCUCUUUUUCAUGAAGAACUAUAUUCCGUUUCAUUUUAUCGCGGAUGAUAACACAACAUCGGUCUAUUGUACGGCAUAUCUAGCGCCCUGGUUUGUUAAUGACGUGAAGCCGUUCAGCAUUGUCUAUUACAUCUUCCGGGGUGUAUUCGUUCAGCUUCUCCCAUGUGUGUUAAUGAUGAUAAGUACCGCCAUACUGGCGUACAAACUACGUCACGAGAGGAUACUGCAACGCCACAUGUCGCGGAUAGUGGACGGACAAAAACGCGACUUUCAGCGGAGACAGCGGACAACUCUUAUGGUUGUUAUUAUUAUGGUCAUUUUCAUGAUUGUAGAAAUUCCAACUGGAAUUGUCUUUGGGAUUAAAUUCUACGAAGAUACAACAAAUAAACUAAUUUUGACCAGAGAUGUGGAUUAUCCGUUUGCAAUAUUUCAGAAUUUUUUGUUAUUGUUAAGUUACCAUUGUAAUUUUUGGAUUUACGUUGGACUGAGUGCACGAUUUAGAAAAACUCUUCAGAAUUUCUUUUUUGGCUAUUCCUUAAAGAAAACAAUGGAAGAAGUAAUUUCUUUGAGUAUCAGAACCCCUCAUAAUUACUCUGAUAGAAGUACUCGCCAAUCACUUGUUGUGAAUGGCAACGGCCAUUGCUACACCGAGAGAUGACGCCAGGAGACCGCAUUACGUCAUCCGCUGAUGACGUAAGCAAUUAUAACAACACUAUAAACCUGGUGUAUGGAAGAAAUCAAAUAUGUGUAAAGUGAUGAUAUCUGAAUGGAUAUAUGACAACAAGAAUGGAUUGUGGCUUAUAAUGAGUUAGUUUACGUACAUGUAUACAAUUGUACAUGUUCCAAUUGGACGGAUGUAAUAUUCGAGCCAUAGAUAUAUAACCGUUCUAUGUGAGGUCUGUAUUCUUCAGCAGUAUUGAAUAUACCAAUUACACACAUCAAUGUAUUUCCAUGCAAACGGACGUCGGAUUCGAUAAUACGGAGAAGGUUAUUACAAUAUGUUUCGAUAGAUUUUCCACGGCAUUGUUUAGCCUUGUAUUGUUCUUCCAAGACGUGCAAAUUGAGUGGGAGUUUCCGGAACAAUGGAAACCGUCCAUGCACCAUAGUAACUCCCACCAGGAUAGAAGCGGACUUCAAAGGAACUGUGAAUCAGUGGUAUAAUUUGUGUUUCUGGAUAUUCUGUGGUGCUGUACCAAGAUCAGUUUUUAACGAUAAAAAUCAAAUUAUACUAUACAUUUAUGUUUAUAUUAUGUUCAUUUCAUUAAUGUAAUAAUCUUGAUAUAUAUAUAUAUAUAACGAUUAAAUAUAUUGUAUACAAA